AUGAAGGAUCUGGCGGCGUUGGGCAAAUGUGGGGGCCUGCUGGACAACAACAGGAAUAAAAACAGUGUCCACUCCAGCAAACAGCAGCGAAAUGUCAGGAUCAAGUUUGAAUAUGAAGGAGAGAAAAGGAUUAUCCAGUUUCCAAGACCAGUCAGAUUCAAAGAAGUGGUGCAGAAGGUCACGGAUGCUUUUGGACAGACGAUGGACUUGGUCUCUGUGAACAAUGAGCUCCUGAUCCCUCUGAAAUCCCAGGAAGAUUUGGACAAAGCGAUGGAACAGUUGGAGCUGAGCCCUUCCCUGAAGAGCCUGCGGAUCCUUGUGAGCGCUCCAAAGAAAGCGAAUCUCCUCCAGCCGAACAACAGUAAACAGCACGAAAUGAGGAUCUCCAGAUCCAUGGGUGAUAUCAUGGGAUCCCUCUACAAAGACUCAGAGAGGACGCGGAAGUAUUCAACAGGCUCUCUGCACACUGGCCGGAGCUCUCCACCCCCGGGGAGCGUUCCUGAAGAGCAGCAGCAGAUUGCUCGCCAGGGAUCCUAUACCAGCAUCAACAGCGAGGGCGAAUUCAUCCCCGAGACCAUGGAUCAGAACAUGCUUGAAGCUUUCAUCAGCCCCGACGAGUCGCUGUCUGGGAGCUGCCAGUCGCUGGACAGAUCUGUGGACAGCCCUCCCUUUACCCAAACCCCUGUUCCUGGAAGGAAGAGCCAUCCCAAAGACAGUCUCGAUUGCAUGGAUUUCGACAUCCCAUUCUGCGAGAGGUUUGGGAAAGGCGGGACCUUCCCGAGGCAGUACCACCUCUCCCAAAGUCGCAAGGACUACAGCGACGGCCGGAGGACUUUCCCCAGGAGUUACUUCCCACAGGAGAACCUGUUUCAGCUUGUCCCUUCUAGCCGAACCAAGAGCUUUAAUGGGGACAGCAAGCUCAGCACCUUGCAGUAUGACGAGUACAGGCCCAAAUGGUGGAACAAUUGUGAAAAAGGUCUGCAGGUCUUCAGCACCUCCCCCACGAAAGCAAGGAACUCCCUACAGGCACCUGUGAACUGGAGGCUGGGGAAGCUGCUUGGAAGAGGAGCUUUUGGGGAAGUUUAUCUCUGCUACGACGCUGACACUGGCCGAGAGCUGUCGGUGAAGCAGGUGCCUUUUGACCCCGACAGUCAAGAGACGAGUAAAGAGGUGAAUGCCUUAGAAUGUGAGAUUCAGCUGUUGAAGACUCUCCGUCAUGACAGGAUAGUGCAGUACUAUGGGUGCUUGCGGGAUCCUGAGGAGAAGAAGCUGUCUAUCUUUGUUGAAUACAUGCCAGGGGGCUCAAUAAAGGACCAGCUAAAAGCUUACGGUGCUCUGACCGAGAACGUCACACGGAAGUACACCAGGCAGAUCCUGCAGGGAGUCUUCUACUUGCACAGCAAUAUGAUUGUCCACAGGGACAUUAAAGGUGCCAAUAUUUUGAGAGAUUCUGCUGGAAAUGUGAAACUUGGAGAUUUUGGGGCCAGCAAACGCAUCCAGACCAUCUGCAUGUCUGGGACUGGAAUUAAAUCUGUCACGGGAACACCGUACUGGAUGAGCCCAGAAGUUAUCAGUGGAGAAGGCUAUGGAAGGAAAGCUGAUGUGUGGCCGCCGUGGGCAGAGUUCGAAGCCAUGGCAGCUAUUUUUAAAAUCGCCACCCAGCCGACCAACCCCCAGCUCCCCGACGGCGUCUCGAACUCCUGCCGCAACUUCCUCAAGCAGAUCUUCGUGGAGGAGAAGCGGAGGCCGACGGCCGAGGACCUGCUGAGGCACCCCUUUGUCAACUGCGGGCUCUGA